UGUUCUAUUACAUUUUUUACUUUGAGAAAAAAAAUCACCUUUAAUCCUUUUUUCUACUUUUAAGCAAUAGAACUGAUUCAUUUAACCAGUUACUCUCCUGAUACUCAUAAACUAUAAAUUCAGUAACUAAAGCAGAAACCAUAUUCUCCCUCUUCCCAUCUGCAUAUCAUUUCUCACUUGGUUCCAUUUUUCAUUUAUCACAUUAUCUCUAGAUACUCUUCUGAGUUGAUAAGCAUUUUGUGUUCACAAUUCUUGUUUUUCUUUUCUCUCUGAAGAAAGAGAAGAUGAUUUGGUUAUCUCCAAGUCAAAUACAAUAUCUAAGUAUUUAAGAUACAGAAUCCAGAUGUAACUUUGAUGAUAGAGUGACUUGUAGAAUAUGGUUGGUACUCUGGAAAUUCGGAGGAGCUGCUGGUGUGUUGUACCUGUUGCUUGCUGCAAGAAGUUGUUAAAAGGCAGGAAUUUUCUGUCAGAGGGAGCCAUAAUUGCUCUCUGAUUGUUGUCUUGGCUCUUGAAAAAUAUCUCCUGACACUGGGGCAACAAUUAUGGGCAGGUUUAUACUAUCUACACAAGCUUUUCUAGGCAUUGGUGUCAGAACAUGAACAACAAGCACAGAGGUACCCAGAGGUUGAGAGUCAUGUAAUUUGGAAGGGGUGGAUGGCUUUUUGUGGCUGAGACUUUUGACCAGUACAUUCAGGGUACUAGGUCACGUUAUUGAUAGAAAUAUGCCAAAUCAGUUUCCAUCCGGCCAUUAGAAAUUUUAAGUUUCCAAUCCAGCCAUUAGAACUUUUAAGGAAUUAAAACUUUUGGCCCUCUCUGUGCAGAAGUUGUGCUUUUGGAGCGAUUCCUCUUGUGUCAUGAUGGACACAUGACUCGGCACCACAUCAGUCAUUUUGUUGGAUUCUAAUAACCUCCUCUCAGACUCCAGGACUCAGUUCUCCCUCCCCUCAGUUCUCCUACUGCAACUAGUAUGAGUGAUCUUUUUUUCCUUUAAUUCUUUAUUAUGAAAAAAUUUAAACAUAUAGGAAAAUACAAUUAACUCCAUACACUCAUAACUCAUAUUCAACAGUUAUCGAGAUUCUGCUACGUUUAUUUCACCUUUCUCUUUUUAUUUGUGAUUUCGUGAACUAUUUUAAAGGAAAUUCUAGACAAAAGUACCAAGGCACACAAAUCAGCACUAGGGUAAAAUGCUGCUAUUGCUUGAAUGUUUGUGUCCCACCCAAAUUCCUAUGUUGAAAUCCUAUACGUCUUGGUGCUUUUCUGCCUAUGUUUCGACUGACCUUUUCUUAAACUCAAUAUUAAUUAAUAUGAGUCUCAUUGUAAACUAUCUAUUUUAAAUGAAAAUGUCCAUUUGUAUUGAUGUUUUGAUUUCAGUCAUUAGGAAGAUUGAGUGAAAUCCAUUGGGUGAUGGGACGCUGUGCCCCCACCCAAACAGAAGACUGCUGGCAUCUACCUAAGUCGGAGGGGAGAUUCGAUUUCAUAUCUAUAGGAACUUGAACAUCUUUCUCUCCUGAGGGCAGAGGUUGAGGUGGAGGGUCCAAGGCCAAAGGGAAUGGAUGGAGCAGGGUCCCUGAUGUGUGUGGAAGCAGGAUUCAAAGCACAGAUAAAAGUGUCACAUUUUAAGACGAGGGGCACUGAGGACGAAUCACCUGGAAAGUGCGAAAAUGUUGGAAAUGCAGAAUCUCUGUGGCUAAGAGUAGAAGGUCAUCACAAGGAUCACAUGCAAGAAUCUAAGGUUGCUGAAACUCAUGAUUGGGACAGUAAGGUAGAAAAUCGGUUGGAAAAGCCCGAGGGAAAAAAGAUGAAGGAAGUUAAAAGUGGCAUCAGGGAAAAGGUUGGAAAAGCCAAGAACACAGCAAAUAUAAAGACAGAACAGGAAGAUGAGGCAUCUGAGAAAAGUUUGCAUCUGAGCUCAAAACAUGUUACACACCAGACCAUUCUUGUAGAACGGAAAAGCAUUGAACAAGGCAAGUGUGAGGAGAACAUUAAUGGAAAUUCUCACCCUCAUCUGCAGCAGAAAAGCAAUGCUGUUAAGAAAUCCCAUAAAUGUGAUGAGUGUGGGAAAUCUUUCAAAUAUAAUUCCCGCCUUGUUCAACAUAAAAUUAUGCACACUGGGGAAAAACGCUAUGAGUGCGAUGACUGUGGAGGGACUUUCCGGAGUAGCUCGAGCCUUCGAGUCCACAAGCGGAUCCAUACUGGGGAGAAGCCGUACAAGUGUGAGGAAUGUGGGAAAGCCUACAUGUCCUACUCCAGCCUUAUAAACCACAAAAGCACCCAUUCUGGGGAAAAGAACUGUAAGUGUGAUGAAUGUGGAAAAUCUUUCAAUUAUAGCUCUGUUUUGGACCAGCAUAAGCGAAUCCACACUGGGGAGAAGCCUUAUGAAUGUGGCGAAUGUGGAAAGGCCUUCAGGAACAGCUCUGGUCUCAGAGUCCACAAAAGGAUCCACACAGGGGAGAAGCCCUACGAAUGCGACAUCUGUGGGAAAACCUUCAGUAAUAGCUCUGGCCUUAGGGUCCACAAAAGGAUCCACACAGGUGAAAAACCCUAUGAAUGCGAUGAGUGUGGGAAGGCCUUCAUUACUUGCAGAACACUUUUAAACCAUAAAAGCAUCCACUUUGGAGAUAAACCUUACAAAUGUGAUGAGUGUGAAAAAUCAUUUAAUUAUAGCUCUCUCCUCAUUCAGCAUAAAGUUAUCCACACUGGAGAGAAGCCUUACGAAUGUGAUGAAUGUGGGAAGGCCUUCCGGAAUAGCUCAGGCCUAAUUGUGCAUAAAAGAAUCCACACAGGAGAGAAACCUUACAAGUGUGAUGUCUGUGGCAAAGCAUUCAGCUAUAGCUCAGGCCUCGCAGUCCAUAAAAGCAUUCACCCUGGGAAGAAAGCUCAUGAAUGUAAGGACUGUGGGAAAUCCUUUAGCUAUAACUCACUUCUCCUUCAGCAUAAAACCAUUCACACUGGAGAGAGACCUUAUGUGUGUGAUGUGUGUGGGAAAACCUUCAGAAACAAUUCAGGCCUCAAAGUUCACAGGAGGCUCCACACUGGGGAAAAACCAUAUAAGUGUGAUGUGUGUGGGAAAGCGUAUAUCUCACGCUCUAGCCUUAAAAACCACAAAGGAAUCCAUCUUGGGGAGAAGCCCUAUAAAUGUAGCUAUUGCGAGAAAUCCUUCAAUUACAGCUCUGCCCUUGAGCAACAUAAAAGGAUCCAUACGAGGGAGAAACCUUUUGGAUGUGAUGAGUGUGGAAAAGCCUUCAGAAAUAAUUCAGGCCUUAAAGUACAUAAACGAAUCCACACUGGGGAGAGACCUUACAAAUGUGAAGAAUGUGGGAAAGCCUACAUCUCACUCUCAAGCCUUAUAAAUCAUAGAAGUGUACACCCUGGGGAAAAGCCUUAUAAGUGUGACGAGUGUGAAAAAGCUUUCAUCACAUACCGAACCCUUAUAAACCACAAAAAAAUUCAUCUUGGGGAGAAGCCCUACAAAUGCGAUGUGUGUGAUAAAUCUUUUAAUUACACUUCACUUCUUUCUCAACACAAAAGAGUCCACACUAGAGAGAAGCCCUAUGAAUGUGACAGGUGUGAGAAGGUCUUCAGAAACAACUCAAGCCUUAAAGUGCAUAAAAGAAUCCAUACUGGGGAGAAACCCUAUGAAUGCGACGUGUGUGGAAAAGCCUAUAUCUCGCACUCAAGCCUUAUUAACCAUAAAAGUACUCACCCUGGCAAGACACCCUAUACAUGUGAUGAAUGUGGAAAAGCUUUUUUCUCAAGCAGAACUCUUAUAAGUCAUAAAAGAGUCCAUCUUGGGGAGAAACCUUUCAAAUGUGUCGAGUGUGGGAAGUCUUUCAGUUACAGCUCACUCCUUUCUCAACAUAAGAGGAUCCACACUGGGGAGAAACCCUAUGUAUGCGAUAGGUGUGGGAAGGCCUUCAGAAACAGCUCGGGCCUCACAGUUCAUAAAAGGAUCCACACAGGUGAGAAACCCUAUGAAUGUGAUGAGUGUGGGAAGGCAUACAUCUCGCACUCAAGUCUUAUCAACCAUAAAAGCGUCCACCGUGGGCAGCAGCCCUAUAAUUGUGAAUGUGGGAAAUCCUUCAAUUACAGAUCGGUUCUUGACCAACACAAAAGGAUUCACACUGGAAAGAAGCCAUACCGAUGUAAUGAGUGUGGGAAGGCUUUUAAUAUCAGAUCAAAUCUCACCAAGCAUAAAAGAAUCCAUACUGGAGAAGGAUCUUUAAAUGUGACAAUGAUGGGAAGUCAUAGGGGCCCACCACAAAAGAGAACUCAAGAGUGUGGGAAUGUUCUGGAUGGGACCAGGAUGAGCUUGUCUCUGUAAGAGGCAGAGCUUACCAAGUCUCAGAGAACUCAAGUGGAAGAAAAAACUUAUGAAUGUAAGAAUAUCAGAGGUCCUUGUUCAUGGCUUAUAAUUUACAUAGUACAAAUGAAACCAUGAGUCAUCUUUUCUAUGUGAUCUUCAAUCAUACCCAGCAAGGAAGCCUCCAGUGUCAAGGUAGUUGAGCCCUUAUGGAAUGUAAAAUGGUUUAUACUAGGGAUAAAACCUAUCAGAGUGAUGGAAUGUUAAAACCUUCAAAUAAGCAGACAUUUCUGGACAUGAAAGAAAACAGAUGAGGAAAAGAUUUCAAUUCGAAGUCAUAGUGUCACCAUUAGAAAGUUCAUAUUUGGGUAAAUUCUGUCAGUCAAAAUGUGAAACAUUCAGGUAUAGUUUUGGAUCCCAGUUAUACAUUGGUCAGUGGAAAAAUCCCAAGAAGGGUCUCCAACAGGCAAAUUCAGGGAGAGAUAGGCUUCAGGGAAUAUAAAUUUAUUUAACAGUGAUCAUGAAGUAUAAACUUCAUAUAAUUGAUUUGAGGGGAGUGAUGACAAAGUGAAACAAUUUGAAUUUUGUAGGAAAAAUAACUACCAAAUCUAAAAUGAGACAGGAGAGUCGCUCAAAAAAAAAA